GUGGUUUCCUAACGGAAGUUAUUGUUUUUGCUUGUUUAUUCUUGAAAGCUAGAAAUUAGUAGUACACAGUAAACCCGUAGAUUUAUAUCACUUAAAGAAAUAUUUAGUAUAUAUUCACACAUAUAAAUACAGAAUAAACAGAUAAAGAUGUAAUCAGCCCAGGCAAGGUGUGGAUGUGACAUCAUCGCCACUACAGGAUGUCGUGGCGGGGCUCCAAUAGCCAUCUGGACGCUAAUGUGCCAGAUUAUCAGAAGAUGUUGCAGGGUCGAGCCCCAGCCUCAGGAUGGAGCAGCACCCAGCCAUCUCUACCUUCCUACUCCAGUCGGUUCCCAGCAGCAAGUUCAGGCAGCUACCUGCAUGCCAGGAACCAGUCAGGGUUAGCUAGAACCGGUUCCCACCCUGGCUACUCAACCACUUACCAGCCGGGUAAAUACGGGGUACCGGUGGAAUCAUCCGGGUACAAUGCAACCAGUCUGUCAAAUUAUAGGUCAUUAGCACCGGAUGAGAACAGCCAUUGGUCGGAAAAUGUGUAUAAUGAUAAGACUUAUGGGUACGUAGGUCGUGAGUUUGACCUUGAACCCUACAGGAGUGCAGCUCACAGGGUAACGGACUAUGCCAGUGAUUCUGGCCAAAGAUCUCAUUCUACUAAGCGGGUGGACUAUUCUAGUGAUUCUGGCCGCAACCACAUCGGUCGUCCGUCCAUCUCUGAUUACUCCAGCGACAGCGGAAUGAACCCUCGACAUCAACGCCAGCGUUCGAGUGACUUUGAGUUGGAGAUACCAAGCCCGGACACGUCUCGCAGUCAAUCCCGGUCUCACAAUGAGGAUAUUUUCAGUUCACCAGUGAAAAGCAGCAUCCAGGCAGCAGACUUUGAACGAUUCAACAACAAUCAGGCAAGCUUUGAUGACGAUGAGCAGCCUGGGCAGCUGCAGCAUAAUCAUUACAGGAAGAUUUCGCAGAGCGAACCAAGCCUAGAUUCUCAUAAUGAGGCCAAGAGGAAUGGCAAUAAAGCCGAGAGACGUUCAGAUGGUCACAGUGAUGACCAGGACAGUGGUCCCGACCGUGAAAUGGGGAAACAGAACAGCGAUACCUUCCGGGAAAACUUCACCUCCCCGCCUCUCUACCACGGCAAUGUUGCUGACUUGACACUGGUCCAACAUGGUAAGAUGCCGCGGGGAAAACCCAGCAACCUGACAAGCUGGCAGCAAGAGCAGCGCUCCUCGCCAAGCCCUCGCGACCUUGACCUUCACACGAGGCUGUCCUUGAAGCCAGGCUUGGUUCAUAGGCCGUACUCUCAGGACAAGAAAGCGUUCCGUGACAGAGAGUUCUCCAGUGAUAACAACACAGACUCAGAUCUGUUGCGGCAGAAUGAUACAGACAGCCAUCGUCGAGUUGAGAGUCAGCUGAGAGAGAGAGUGUUGGAGUUGGAGGAGCUUGUGAAGGAGUAUGAGACUAAGCUGAGGCAGCGCUCACACGGCACUGAGACUAGGGCGACUUUCACUCAGAUGCAGGAGCUAGAGUUCAGGAAUGCGGAGCUGCGUACAGAGCUGGCCAAGAUGAAGCACCAGAAGCAGGCUGAGAUAGAGGAACUGGAGAUCAAACUGGGAGGUGUAGAGCAUGAGGUUGUACAGUUGAAGACGGCGCUACGUAAGACACAGCCUGCAACAGAGGAUCUCAGAGAACAGCUGAUGAAGAAGGACUCUGAGUUGAGCCAGUGGCAGGAAAAGCACAGCGCUGCGCAGUCUCAAUACGAGGCAGUGAGGGACAAGGUGGCCGGCAUGGAGCGCUACCUCGCUGACCUACCCACCCUCGAGGAGUUCACAAAGAACGCAGAAGAUCUGACAACAUGCACAGAAGAGCUGGAGAGCAAGAAGUCACAGGUCGCCGACCUUGAACAGAGACUGGAGGAAACCACGGAGACCCUUGCUGACCGAGAGACCACCAUCAUGGAACUGGAGAACAAGCAGAGGCAGCUAGCAGGCAAGAUGCAUGAGUUGAGCACAGAGAUCAGGCGUAUCAAGACCGAGGGGGAGGGGCGGGCCCUGGCCAGGGCGCAGGAGGAGCUGGCAGAGGUCAGAGAGGUCAAGGACAAGGUCACACAGGACCUUGACAAGGCCAAGAAGCUGCUGGAGGUGAACCAUCGUCGUGUACGUCAGCUGGAGACAAAGCACACAGCAGAGGUUAGGCAACUCCAGGAGAGGCUGGGGCAGGAGGAGGAGGCCGUGGUCGCACUGAGAGAGGAGGCACGGCUGAAGGACGAGCAGGUCAACAAAUUGAAGAAGUCUCUCAAGGAGUUUGCCAGCAAGAACCAGGACCUGCAGGAGGAGAGCAUGAUGCUGAAGGAGCAGCUGCAGCAGUUUCAGUCAACGUCGCUGGAUGAGGCCCAGAGACUACAGCGCCGCUUCGUGCGUGAGAUGGCGCUGUGCUUCACCGACAUCCAGUGCCUAGUGCAGAUACUUGUGCAGCAGGCAGAGGGCAAGGAUCCCAACGUGUCCCUUCUGCUGGGAACCAGGGCCUCGGUGGAGGAGGAGGGCGUGGCAGGGUCCAUGAAUGACGAGCAGUCACUGAAGCACUGGUUCUCCAAACUGAGAGAGUUGAGGGGCGAGGUGGAGACAGUCCGUAACACGAUCUGCCACAAGUAUGCCAAGGACAUGGGAGACAAUCUCAACUGUGCUCAGCAGUAGCAGGAGCAAGAUAACCUGACAUUGGGCAGCACUUACAGGGGAGACAACAUGAAAUGUGCUCAGUAAUAAGGGAGAUAACAAAAGUUGUGCACAGAAGUGCUGAUUAGUUGCAGAGGAGAUAAUAUUGACUGCACUUAUCAAGAACAGGGGAUACAACCUCAACUGCCAACAAGGAUUUGAGAAGCUUUGCAUUGUACCCUAUUAUUCAGGAUGAGAAUUUUAGUGCAGAACACAUCAAACGUAACUUACUUUUGAGAGAUGGCAGCAUUGUAAUUUUGUGUAUUGUAUUGAAAUGGCACAAUGAAGUGAUCUUUUGUUCCAUUAAAUACUUUUUCAUGUGGUUAACUUCCCACUGUUGAAGUAGCAUAUUGCGCAAUUAUUUUGUACCUCAAGGCAAAUUAAAUGUACGACCUAGUCAAUGUUUGGCUCAAUACAGAACUGUCUGGCCCUUGUUAUUACAUUACAGACUGUUGACUGAUAUUAAAACUGAUAUGUUGUACAACUCAGUACCCUCAUUUAUAAAAGGAAUUUUGUAAAUCAUUUCUUCAUGGUAUUUUCAAGAAUUCACAAUCAUUAAUUUUGAAAGUGUAAGUUUGACAUUUUAUUUAGCACUUGUACAUUAAUCCUAGGGAUAUGCACGCCUGAUGUGUUUUUUUUUCAAUGUAGUUGGAAAAAAGCACUUUAAAGAAAAUGUGUAUGAAUUUUUUAAUGUGCAAACUAUUUUUAAAGUUAUUUGCUGCCAAAUUAACAGGGUAUUUUCGUUCCUUUAUUUUGCAAGUUUUAUGCUUUAUACUUUCAUUCAAAUACAUAAUAAUCUCAUUUAAGAUGGUGUUAUAUAUGAAUAUCAAAUUUGUUUAAUACCAAAUUGGCCUUUAUUCGUUCACACAGUCUCUUACAUCUGUAAACAUGUAUUAUCACAUAUUUUGACUAAUUAUCAUACACAUAACAUGAAAUCCUGCAAUGUUCACCCUGUAUAAGCCCUUGUGCUAAUUCAUCUAAUUAAUGUAUGUAAAUAUUGUUAUUUGUGCCAAAUUUCUUACCUUCAAUCCACUGAUAUCUUGUUUCACAUUUUGUAUAGUUUCAUAGGAUAAUACAAAAUUUCAUAUUGUAUAUAAUGGGAACAUUUUAUUUAUUUGUCUGUCUGGUGUUUGUUAGCUAGUUGUGUGGUGUGUGUGAACAUAGUUGUGAUCUAGUAUGCAUUUAGUUGACUGUAUAUCCAAAGAUGGGUGAUUUUGAUUUGCACCAAAAGAUAUUUAUGAUAUUAAAUUAAUUCACAAAGUUGACAGCAUGUGUAUUUGAGAGAAUGGUAGUAUUGGUUUGAAAAAAUAUUUUAUAUUCAUAAGUUAAUUUUACAGAGUUUUCAGUGAAUUCGCAAUUGUCAAGAUAUAUUUUAAGUCUGCAUAAUAUAAAACUAAGAUCUGUUUUGGGUUUAAUUUUCUGUCUGCUUUUAUUUUACCAAAAACAACUUGUGUAUGAUGUUUUUGAAAAAAUGUACUGUGUAUAUAAUGUGGUUGUAUCCAGUAUUGUUGUAAAUGACCUGUGUGAAUGUUUGAUUGAGCGGCGUUCUGGAAAAACUGUGCUUAAUUUAUGUGCGUAAAGUUUUGUUCCAGAUUUGCCUGGCAGUUCCCACCAGCUUAUCAGGGAUAACACUUGUCGCUUGUAUGGAAUUUUUUGUUUUAAGGAGGUCUCUUCUUAGCAAAAAAUCCUGUUUGGAAGGAAAGUAACAUCCCUGAUUAGCCCGUACAGACUGCACAGGCUAAUCUGGUACAACACUUGAUGCACAUGCAUUAAGCCCCGUUUUCCCAGAGCGUGGCUCAAUUAUUGUUGCUUGUGACUGUUUGACUGUGAUAUCAUUGAUCUCAGUGUAUAGUGAUAGUUUCUACUUUCUAGAAGUCUUUUGUACUGUCGGGGUGUUUACCACAUUGAUGUCCAGUUUUGUAAUUAAAAGUUAAAUUCA